GUUCUCCAAUCAACUCAAUUCAACUCAAUAUCAAUACAACUCAAGUCGGUGAAAAGAAGCCGAAAAACACCAGCGGAGUGGAUGCGUCGGUUCGACGGGCCUCGUCAGCACCGGCCCCAAGGUCACCAUUGCGGUCGCACCUAAAACAUGGAACAGGCCAUUGCGGGUUUGCGCUGUUGGGAGAAUAAUAGCUUAUUCAAGAGCCAGCGCCUCCCCCGUUCGCACCCUUUCCCCGUCCAAACACAGCAAGCAGCAAUUUCGCGAUUAUAUUCAAUUACAUCACAAUAGAGUCCAAACCCACCCAAAACGCCGCAUCCAAAACAUCAACGCAAGCACAUAGACUUGAUAGCCAGCCCUGCCGCUUCCCAUAAGCCACACCGGGGUUGAACACCUGUGAAACAAGACACCAUGGAUGAAGCUCAGUGGAGCCAAGGUUCUCCCGCCGCCGACGACGCCGCCUACGAGAAGAAGCCAGAGGCGAUCGAGCAGGCCGCCGACAUCCUCCUCGACGCGGCGCGCGCGCAGCUCCCACGCAGCCGGGCCUACGUGCACGCGCGUCAGCGCUUCUGGGACGCCUUCCCUGGCGGGCGGUUUGUGCGGCUCGCUACGCCUGGGGACGACCUCGAGUGCGCGCUGCACGCCGCCAUUAUCAGCAUGGAGCACCAGGCGGCGCCGCGCAGCGGUAGUAGUCUACCGCUGCCGACGGUCGAGGAGCUGCGCGAUAUCUUCUUCUCGGGGCCCGUGACCGAGUACAACGAGGUGGUCGGCCUGUCCAACGUCAACGACCUGACGGCGGACCAGCUGUCGGCCGUGUUCGAGGAGUGGGGACGGGCCAACCUGCCAGCCGGCACGAGGUGCCAGCUCGGUUACGUGACCGACGACGGCGUGCCCGUCAUGAUGAACACCCCCGACGUCGAGACGGCCGAUCCGGACCCCACCGUGUUGAGGAUAUGGGUGUUCAACGACGGGGCUUCGCUGCGCGGCGGCGUGGGCCACUACGAGGGCAUCCGGCGACCGGCUGUUGAGGGUGCUGAGGCUCCUAGGUAGGGAGUUGAUAGAGUCUUCUUUGUCCCUCAGGAUAACAUCAAGGUUGUGGCUGGAGAUGCGCAGCUGGGCGUGCUUUUCUUGGAAGAAGGCGGACCUGAAAAUAUUGGGUAGGUCUUGGGGGUAUGGGCUUGGAUGAGGGACAGCAGAGGUGCUGUUUGGAUUAGACACUCGUCUAUGGCUUGUGCUACAAGAACUCAUACUACAAAGUUGCUCCGGGGUCUUGGCGGAUCACGGGUCGCCGCUUCCUAGGUGAGGUGGUUGGCAACUAUACAAAGAAUAAGAGCCACAAGCUCCUUCCACAUCAAGACGGUGAAGAUCCGGCCGGUUACCUUAGGUAUCCUGGCCCUGCAGGUGCAAGCUGUGUAAUAGAACUCGAAAUGGAAGGUACUAGUAAGUACUAAGGUGGUACAGCUGUUGUCAUUACUGACUUGAAAGGUUUUGAGUACCUUGGUGACCUUUCGAGUUCUCGUUCUUUCCCG